AUGAAGCUAUGCUUCAUCGACGGCACAUCUGUGAAACCAUGUGUCACUAAGCCGCUCUUUGAGCACUGGAUACGCGUGGAUAGUAUGGUCACUACGUGGAUCCUCAACUGUAUUUCAAAAGAAAUAGUUGGCAGCUUCAUGUAUGCAAAGUCGGCACGGACGCUUUGGCUAGAUUUGGAAGAACGGUAUGGAGAAUGCAACGGCCCCUUGCUCUAUCAACUUCAGCGAGAAAUUGCCUCGUUGACACAAGGAAAUAAGUUAGUGGUUGAAUAUUUUUCUCGAUUGCGCUUGAUCUGGGAUGAACUUGAUAUGUUAAUGCCUAAUCCUCAAUGCACAUGUGGGUGCACUUGUGGCGCUUUUAGAGCAGCUGCAGACCAGGCUACGUUCACUCGAUUAACACAGUUCCUCAUGGGAUUAAGUGAGAAUUUUGAUCAUCUACGAGAUUAG